AUGCAGUGCGGCCGACUCCUCCUCCUCCUCCUUCUCUCCGCCGCACACGGCCGCGCCUCCUCCACCGCCGCCCCACGCUUUGCCGGCUACCGCAGCAUCGCCUCGCCGGAUGGCCACAUGCUCAUCUCAAAGGGAGCGCGCGACUGGACGCAGCUAGUCGGCGUGCGGCCGCUGCUCUCCGAGAGCACGCGACGGCGCCUGCUCGGCGACAUUACGCGGCCGGGGUUCGAGUGGACCGUCGACCGCCACGCCAACUUCCCCACGACCGACGUCGAGGUGCACGCGCUGCCGUGGCUCGAUGCCGAGAUGGCGGCGCUGCUGGAGGCGGAGAUCCUGCCGUCCAUCGAGCGCCUCUUCGCUACGGAUCAGCGGCGCCUCUUCGUGCGCGACCAGUUCGUCGUCAAGUACAGCGGCGGCGGCGGCGGGCAGGCCUCGCUCGGCAGCCACUUUGACGAGAGCUGCUUCAGCUUUGUGAUUCAGCUCAACGAUCCGGGCGAGUUCACGGGCGGCGGGACGCUCUUCGCACACGCCACCGAGGCGCUGUCCGUGCCGCAGGGCCACUGCCUCCUCUUUUGCGGCUAUCAGCACCACGAGGGCGUCGCCGUGACGGAGGGCUGCCGCUACAUCCUCACCGGCUUCGUCGACCUCCGCGACGAAGACGAAAAGGUGCGGCCCUUCUACGGCACGCUGCCCGGCGAGCUGCCGCGGCCGCACGGCGCGGGGUCGCACGACUUCCCCUCUCCGCACUUGCCUACGAACCUCGUGAGGCUGCAGAGGGCGUACGGCGGAGCCGCAGGCACGGAGCUGCUCGAGGCGAUCGCCCACCAGCCGCCGGCGCUGCCCCACGUCGACACCGAGAGGCUGGCGUCGCGAUGCGCCAACUUUUUGCAGAGCGGCCUCGUGCCCGACGAGAAGUUCUACCAGUUUCUGCAGGCCACCGUUGGCGAUGGGACGCGGGAGGACGAGAGUGGCCGGAGAGGCAGAGCCGGGGCGUGUCCGUCUGAAGUCACUGCCACAAUAUGA